AAAUCCCGAGCCGCGCGCACCUGGUCCAGAACCGCCAGCUGCUGUAAGCUCAGUCCUGUCUGCGCAUCUCCGACGGCUGCUGGAGGAGAGGUUGGAAGACCUCGCUCAUCUCCUGAUGUGUAUCAGCCAAGAACCUGUGAGGUGCUGUUCCUUGGGGAUCACCCUGCCCCUACUUGGGAUGGUGUGUCCUCAUUAGUGAGGUUUUGCCUGGAUGACCUCAGUACAAUUGGUGCAACACCUGGACCAACUGUUUCCUAGUUUCCUAGUUAUUGCCUUAAACUUCUCACCCGUCAGGUUUUUGAAAUAUGAAUCUUUCACUCGUCCUCGCUGCCUUUUGCUUGGGAAUAGCCUAUGCUGCUCCAAAAUUUGACCAAAAUUUAGAUACACAGUGGUAUCAGUGGAAGGCAACACACAGGAGAUUAUACAGCACGAAUGAAGAAGGAUGGAGGAGAGCCGUGUGGGAAAAGAAUAUGAAAAUGAUUGAACUGCACAAUGGGGAAUACAGCCGAGGGAAACAUGGCUUCACAAUGGCCAUGAAUGCUUUUGGUGACAUGACCAAUGAAGAAUUCAGGCAGGUGAUGGUUUGCUUUCGAAACCAGAAACAGAAGAAUGGAAAAGUGUUCCGUGGGCCUCUGCUUCUUGAUCUCCCUAAAUCUGUGGAUUGGAGAAAGAAAGGCUACGUAACUCCAGUGAAGAAUCAGAAACAGUGUGGUUCUUGUUGGGCGUUUAGUGCUACUGGUGCUCUUGAAGGACAGAUGUUCCGGAAAACGGGGAAGCUUGUCUCACUGAGCGAGCAGAAUCUGGUGGACUGUUCACGUCAUCAAGGCAAUCAGGGCUGCAACGGUGGCUUCAUGAAUUAUGCCUUCCGGUAUGUGAAGGAGAACGGAGGCCUGGACUCUGAGGCAUCCUACCCAUAUGAAGCAAAGGAUGGAAUCUGUAAGUACAAACCUGAGAAUUCUGUUGCUAAUGACACCGGCUUCGUGGUGAUCCCUAAUCAUGAGAAGGAACUGAUGAAGGCAGUUGCAACUGUGGGGCCCAUCUCUGUUGCUGUUGAUGCAAGCCAUUCGUCCUUCCAGUUCUACAAAUCAGGCAUUUAUUUUGAACAAAAGUGCAGCAGCAAAAACCUAGAUCAUGGUGUUCUGGUGGUUGGCUACGGUGUUGAAGGAGCAAAUUCAAAAGACAACAAGUAUUGGCUCAUCAAAAACAGCUGGGGUCCAGAAUGGGGCUUGAAUGGCUAUAUAAAAAUCGCCAAAGACAAGAACAACCACUGUGGAAUUGCCACAGCAGCCAGCUACCCCACUGUGUGAGGUGAUGGAUGGUGAGGAAGAAGGACUUAAGGACAGCAUGUCGGGGGAUUUUUAUCUUGAAACCAAACGCUUAUUGUGUAAGAUGAACCACUUGAAUCAUUGAGGAUCCAAGUUGUGAUUUGAAUUCUGUGACAUUUUUACAAGGGUAAAAUGUUACCACUACUUUAAUUACUGUUAUACACAGCUUUAUGAUAUUGAAGACUCAUUACUUAAUUCUGACUUGUGAAUUUUCAUUUUUUAAAAAGAUAUACAAAACAGUUUAAAAUAAAUUUUAAUUCAUAUGUAAAGGUGUUCCUUUUCUAUGUUUAAUGCAUUGGCUUUUUGUGUAGUCAGGAAAUACAACUGAGCUCUGAAAUAAUAACUCCAAGUUAAUAACUCCAUGAUGUAUUAGGAGAAAGAUGCUGGGUGGCUUCCUGGCCCUUCUAGUUAUAAAAAUACAGAUUUUAUGUCAGCUUCCCAGAACUGUGUGUGACCCAACUCUUGAAUCUACCAAAAUUUGACAAACAAUUUGGAAGGACAAACCUAAAUUUUUUUUUAGUAAAGGAAAAAGAGUUGACUUUUUAGAAAAGUGAAUAGGCACAGAUUCAUAGGUUUUAGAUAGGAGAAAGGGAGAUGUCUUCUUCCUUUGACACAUAACCUCAAGAUGGUUAGGGUCUGUGACAAAAAGUGAAGUUGCUUGUUAUUGGAGCCUCUCUCUGAAUUGCUGGUGACCACCUUGCAGUCUGAGGAAGAAUCAGGUGCAAGUAGAUUGCCAGGGCUAUUUUAUUUUCAUUCUAAGUCUCUGAUGACAUAUUCCACCUAGCUCUUCUAGAAAAGCUUCUUUGUUAACUAACGUUAGCAAAAAUAAAUUUACUGGUGUGGUUAACAAAUCUCAGGCAAUUGACAAUAGCUAGAAAAAUAUGUUCAGGGCCUGCAAGAGAUCAGGCUGGGCUACAGAAAGAGGCCUCUGGUUGAAGAUGGAUAAGAGAUCACAAGCAAAAGGUCAGAAGUCACUAGGCCAGACUCUGGCUCCCUAAUCCCUGAAUUAAAAAUAAACUCGAAACGGGGGGAGAAAAGGCUAAGCAUAUAGUUACAUGGGUAGCAAAUACAAGUAAAACUCUAUCUUUGCAUAUUUAAAAUACUGGAAGAAAGUACACCAAACUUGUGGGUGAAUUAUGGGCAAUUAAUUUCUUUAACUUGUUUAGGGGAAAGCAUGUAUUUUUAUGAGCAGGAAAAAAUAGUAAAGAUAUACCCACAUUCUGCAGGCUGAUGGAGAGCCCUGUGUGUGUUUAAAAAUACCGUGUUUCCAGUCAAAUAAGAAAACUCGGGGGAUGGGCUGGUGAAAUUUAAUUGAGAGGUGAUCCAUUGUGAAGGCAAUGGGAGAUACAGGGACUGUAUAUCC